ACGACAUUCUGACCACAACAGAAAGAUAUUCAGUAAGUGUCAGUCAACGUGGAAGUAGUAUAGAAUCGAGUUUGACCACUUUUCAGCAAGCUACGUCAAUGGGUUCUGUAAGUGCCAGUCAACAUGGAAGUAGCAUAGAAUCGAGUUUGACCACUUUUCAGCAAGCUACGACAAUGGCUUCUUCAAGUGUCAGCCAACAUGGAAGUAGCAUAGAAUCGAGUUUGACCACUUUUCAGCAAGCUACGUCAAUGGGUUCUGUAAGUACCAGUCAACAUGGAAGUAGCAUAGAAUCGAGUUUGACCACUUUUCAGCAAGCUACGACAAUGGCUUCUUCAAGUGUCAGCCAACAUGGAAGUAGCAUAGAAUCGAGUUUGACCACUUUUCAGCAAGCUACGUCAAUGGGUUCUGUAAGUGUCAGCCAACAUGGAAGUAGCAUAGAAUCGAGUUUGACCACUUUUCUGCCAGCGACAUCAAUGGGUUCUGUAAGUGCCAGUCAACAUGGAAGUAGUAUAGAAACGAGCAUGACUACUUUAAGGCCUCCCGGUACAUUAGGCACACACACAAUGACAACAGCCAAUAAGGAAAUGCACCCGACUGCAACUACACAGAGCCCGUGUUACAGCUCACACCAUGCAACUGGGGACAAUGAAGAAUUAUUGAGCAUUUUAUAUAGCGAGUAUAGUGACAACUCUAGACAUGGAAGUGAGUGCACACAAGUUGUAGCAGAAGAAUAUAUUGUGGAGGUGAAUAAAUCUACUACAAUAGAAAUUUCAGGCGGAGAUUAUACUACGAGAAUUUAUUUACCACAAUCUGCGAUCCCUGAUGUUAAUGAUGUGGUUGUUUAUAUAUCUUCAGAAGUCAUAUCUGAAAGUAGUGAUCGUAUAAGGACACCAUCGAACUUCACUGAGUUACAAUAUUCAGAGGCUACCAGAAUGGCAAUCAUCGUUAGCAUUCAAUUAAAAUCAAACAAUACGAAGAUACAGAUUAGCGAAAAAUCUUAUAUUGAAAUCGAUUUUGACAUUUUUGAGGGUGUGUUGGACACAGGUCAGGGCUAUGAUGCAUAUUGCGUUUUUUGGGACAAUAACCCUUCUCCUAACACGUGGUCGACACAUGGUUGCUUCGUCAGUUUCAGUAACUCGUCAAGCACCAUCUGCAGGUGUAACCAUCUAACGAGCUUCACAGUGUUGUUCGCUCUGAAAUCCACGGCUGAUUUAGCAGCUGAUAAAUCCUCUUCAAUUUUGUCUGCGGUUGUUCUAAGCCUGUCACUGUUUUGCCUUGUUGCUGCUGGGUGCAUCUUCGUUUAUGUUGGGUUACGCAAGACAUUUGUUAUAAAAGUACACUUCUGCUUGUGCGUGGCACUAGCAUCAGCAAAUUUUUUGUUUCUGGUUGGAAUUGAUAAAACAGAGAACGAGGGUAUAUGCAACGCGAUGGCGGUCGCAAUUCAUUAUUGCUAUACGUCGGCCUUGAUGUGGAUGUUAGUUGAGAGUAUUCAUCUGUAUAUGACCUCAAGGAAUUACCAUCUUACACAAAAAUGUUUUUAUGCCUUCAGUGCUGUUGGGUGGGCUUCUCCUUUCGUUAUUGUCGCCUGCAGUUAUGGAAUAUUUAAUAGACGAUAUCGUUCAACGGAAGUGUAAGAUUAUUGAUAAC